UGGAUCUAAACCGAACUUAUUAAAAUAUUGGUAUUUCUUAUUAACAAGAAUGUACAUGCAGGUAACGCAUCUAGCAUGUUUUGUGUUGAUUUUAGCAUUGGAUGUCAAAGGGGAAAUAAGGCAGAAAGAUUUUGUAGUUCUGCAAUCCAGAAAGGUGACAAACGUGCAAUCAACGGUCUUUUCACGGUCACGUUUGUUCUGUGCUAAAUCGUGUUUGAAUGCAGGUAACUGUACGUCGGCAUCAUAUAAUUCCAGCAAUAACGAGUGUCUCUUCAGCACUGAUGGACUGAUUGACAUUAUAAAUGUAAACGACAACAAUAUGGCCACCAUAUUGAUGAAAGGAACAUCAUCCGCUAAUGGUAAUCAGUUUGGAAAGACUUUUUUCACAGGCUUCAUGAGUAACAGUAGAAAUACACCGGGAACUCCAAAGCUCGUAAUAAUAUCAGCUAAUCUUAGUCAAGUGCUAACUAAUGUAUUAGUGACAAUACCAUACCUUGGUAUAUACCAGGAACCACACAUGUUUGGUGAAUCACUUCACCUUCAAUACUCUUCGAGUCUUAUGCCAGCACUGACAAGUAAUGUUUCUUUCAAAGGUGUCGAAAUAGUAUCUGACCAACCAAUUGCCCUUUAUUCCAUAAAUCACAGAAGCCUCUCUGUUGAUGGCACGUUGGAAUUGCCAAAAGAGGAAUGGGGCUUGCUGUAUAUUGUGGGCACCCACAAUUCGUCUUUGUGGGGCACAGGACAGAUUCUUGUUAUUGCUGCAGAUGAUAACACUGACGUCCUUUUAGAAUUCCCUACAGGUCCAUCACUGACAGUAGCACUGAACAAACAUGAAACCUACCAAUUUCAGGCAAAUGAAUUAGAACCAAUAGCAGGAACGAUUGUUUCCGCUAACAACCCAGUGGUCGUUCAUGCUGGACACGCCUGUGCCAAUAUUCCUAACCAUGAUGCUGUCUUCUGUGAUUUCAUUAUGGAAAAUAUGCCACCUUUAAACACACUUGGUUCUGUGUUUGUAGUACCUUACCAGAGAACAAGGACUAUGUACACAAUUGGCAUCGCUGCUCCACAUGAUGCUACCACUGUGGACAUAUGGGACGUUAACGGAUAUCCAUUGGAAACUAUUGUAAUGAACCGUCAAGAUUCGACAUUCAGGAGCUUUUAUGCAUCAGAAAUACUAUCAAUUACGUCAUCACAAAACAUUUUAGUCACCCAGUAUGGUCACGGUUCCUCCAACAUUUAUGGAGAUCCAUCGCUGACAAUCAUUCCAGCUCUUACACAGUUUACAAACAGAUGUAACUUUGAGAUCCCAACAUUUUUUAUCGACCCAAGUGUCGUUUCUAUCGUUAUUGAUUCUGCUUCCGAUGUAUCAGGACUUAAGUUAAAUGGAUCGGCAAUUGUCGCAGCUGCAUCUACUAGCGUCAUUAUUCCAGGGGUAGGGUCAUUUAAUGUCAUCUAUAUCGAUGUAAUUGGUAACGUGACGUAUUCACUCAUUCAUGACGUUACACAUGUCAGAUUUGGAGCGAUUUUGUUCGCAAGAACAGCAGAGUCGGAAUUUACAACUGUUCUCGGGUAUGGCCUGUAACAGUUAUAUACAUUGAAUUUAGUUUUUACUUGCACAAACAAAAAGUAGCACUUGAUACAUAGCAAUUAUAGAGAAUUGUACAAUUAUUAUAAUUGCAACAUGGCCUGCACCGUAAAAUGUCUUUACUCAUAAGUGUUUACUUGAACUGAACUUAAUAUUCAAAAAAUACUUGAAAAAUUACAUGUAUUGGAUUUCAAAAUAUACUGUCACUUUAAAGGGUCUGAUUUUUUGUUUAUUUCAUGCUUUGUCCAUAUGGACUCCAUACUUUUAGAUUUGGAUCAUUUAUUGAUAUUUCAUCAUGUGCGUUUAAAAGGAAAAUCUAACCCUACUGGUUAAAAAUAUGGUGUGUUAACAUGUACAUAAUGACCCGAACAGACUGGAUUAAGAUAAGUGUCAGAUUUUUUAUGGAGUGCCAAUGGAAGAUAUUUUUAGGUAGCAUUAUUAUAAUUUACAUUUUUGGAAAAUGUUAAUACCAGACCUUUUAAGAGAAAAACUUUGGAUACUGUAUGUUUUUCUCUUAAAAUGAUAUUUAUUUAAAGGAUUUGAAUGCAUCAAAUUUAAGUUUAUUUUGUACCAUAAUGAUUCAAUAUAAAUUUAAUAAAAAAAAAAUAAUUAAAUUUUAUGUGAUAAACAUGCGAUCAU